AUUAUUGUGCGUUUCAAUAGAAAUAAAUCGGAGUUAGUGCCACUGUACUGCUCCUACUCAGUAUCUACAGGAGGAUGAUGGCACUGCUGUGCAGAAGACUGAGCUACUGCAAAAACCAAGUAUCAUUUUUCAAUACAGCAAAGAUAACCCGAUCAAGAUUCUCCAGUUUUGCAUCGACUCAACCUGUGCAUAGAGCAUGGUCUUAUUCGCUCAAGCGACUACUAAGCUCCUCCCCAUCUAGCAGCACGCAGCGAGUGGUGGGGUGGUGGUUAGUGGGAUGCUGUGGUCUUAUUAGCGGCUCUGUUCUGAUUGGUGGAUUGACUCGGCUGACAGAGAGUGGCCUAUCCAUGACUCAAUGGCACCUCCUCAAGGGCAUGAAGCCACCGUCCAGUCAAGAGCAGUGGGAGAAAGAGUUCCAGAGAUACAAGGAGUUCCCAGAAUAUAAAUAUGUACAUCAAGACCUGACCUUGAGUGGAUUCAAGAAGAUAUUCUACUUGGAGUAUGCACACCGCAUGUGGGGCCGUCUGGUCGGCCUCGCCAUUAUCAUCCCAGCCGUGGGUUUCUGGGCUCGCGGGAGAUUUGGACGAGCGCUCAAAACUAGAGCCAGCCUUUACAUAGGACUAGUUGUUUGUCAGGGCUUACUGGGAUGGUGGAUGGUGAAGAGUGGUCUCAAACAAAAGGACGACUUGAGUGAAGUACCUCGUGUUAGUCAGUACCGGUUAGCAGCUCACUUAGGGAUGGCUCUGCUGCUGUACUCAAGCAUGCUGUAUACCGGGCUGGGACUGUUGGCGCCUCCUAAGAUUGCCACACCUUCUAAAGCAUUGACACGGCUGAGGCAGUUUGCACACGGGUCUACUGCUCUAGUGUUUCUCACUGCAUUGUCAGGUGCCUUUGUGGCCGGCCUCGAUGCUGGGCUAGUCUACAACUCCUUCCCUAAGAUGGGAGGCAAGUGGAUACCUGAGGACUUGAUGUCCAAGUCUCCCGCUAUAAAGAAUGUCACGGAGAACCCCACCAUGACUCAGUUCAACCACAGACUACUGGGUACUACGACGCUGUGUUUCCUUGUGUCCACCUUUGCCCUAGCUCGAGGAGUGGGUCUACCACCGAGAGCUAGACUAGCAGCCAGCUGCAUGGCCGGGAUGUGCCUCGUUCAGGUUGGACUGGGCAUCUCCACGCUCCUCUGGUUUGUGCCCACCCCCCUGGCCGCUGCUCACCAGACCGGAUCAGUUGCACUCCUGUCAUUUGCACUAUGGUUGAUGAGCGAACUUAGGAAGAAAGUACCAAAACUCUGAACUGAACUUCUAUUAAUUUGUUUGUGUAAACCUAUUUUUCAAUAUUAAGAUCAGCAAUUUAUGACCUCGUGGUAAUAGAGAAGUUGUAUUUAUUAUUUUGAAAAAUAAAUUUGUUACGUUAUUAAGGA